AUGUCUUUAGAGUCUGCAAAAAGAAGAGUGAAACGAAACAAAAGCUCUCUUAACAAGCUGCUCCUAGGCACGUGCAUUUCCAAUGUUGUUGCAGUUGUUGUAUACAUACUUCUGCGGAAGUCACUUCUGGCAACGCCCAUAAUCAUCACGGCAGCAGUCGAAGGGUCCUUCCUAGGGCUCUUGUACUAUCUGGUGAACCCGACAUUCAUAAAAACCAGUAAGGGCCUGGAAAUAAAAGACUGCGGAGUAGAUAUGGAGGCUCGGGGGGUCAUCCGCAUAUUCAAAGAUAUAAUAUAUCUCUCCUGCACAACUAAGCUAGCCAGCAUUGUUUUCAAGGAGAAGGCGUUUAUUGUUAUGCUGAUGAUCCCUAUCAGCGCAUAUUACGAGAUAUUCAUGCGCAGGGAAGUCCGGCCUAAAAUGAGGAACUAG